AUGCAGUAUUUCCUAAGACUCUCCCGAAAAGUAGGGCUAGGAAUAUAUACCGAUGUCACAUCAAGAAUACCUUACUAUGCUCAAGAUUUCAAAGAUGCUUGGAACUAUAGAGUCAUCCCACUGACAAUCUUUGUGUUCUUCACCAACUUGUUACCAGCUAUUGCCUUUGCCCAAGAUAUGUUUGAUAGAACCAACAAUGCGUAUGGAGUCAACGAGAUCUUAUUUUCCAGUGCAUUGGCUGGAGUAGUCUUUGGGUUAUUUCUGGGUCAACCACUUUGUAUAGUUGGAGUCACAGGACCUAUUGCUAUUUUUUCAUAUACUGUGUAUGAUUUGAUUAAGGAUAGAGGGACUCCUUAUUUCCCCUUUAUGUGUUGGAUAUAUCUUUGGUCAAUGAUAAUGCAUUUGGUGAUGGCCCUUUUGAAUUGGGUCUCAUACUUAAGUUUUAUUACCAACUUCUCGUGUGAUGUGUUUGGAUUCUUUAUUAAUUUUGUCUAUUUACAAAAGGGAGUUCAGAUUCUCAGUCGUCAGUUUGAACACUCUGUUGCUGGUGGGUUCUGUUCUGUCAUGCUUAGUAUCUUGAUGGUUGUCUUUGGUGUUGGUUCCCAGGUGUUUGGCAGUCAAUUACAUUAUUUCAAUCAUCAUGUUCGUAAAGUGUUUGUGGAUUACGGUGUCCCCAUGUCUGUGAUCUUCUUUAGUGGAUUUAUGCAUUUUGGUGGGUACUUAAACAAUGUUGAUUUGCAACGACUUCCUAUUACCACAGCUUUCGAACCAACAGCGGGUAAAGACCCUCUGGUCCGUCCUCAUGGUUGGUUUAUUCAUUUCUGGCCAAAUACAAAUAUCUCUUGGGGUGACGUGUUUCUUGCCAUCCCCUUUGGGGUAUUAUUGACCAUCUUGUUUUAUUUUGAUCAUAAUGUCCUGUCCUUGAUGUGUCAGGCAAAACGAUACCCUUUGAAGAAACCUUCAUCGUUUCAUUACGAUUUUGCUCUCUUAGGGAUCACCACUGGUAUUGCCGGGUUAUUGGGGUUUCCUGCCCCUAAUGGAUUGAUUCCUCAAGCUCCAUUACACACUGAAUCUCUUUUGGUCCAUGAUAGACACGGAAGAGUUAAGGAGGUGGUGGAACAGAGAUUAACAAAUACUCUACAAGGAGUGGCUACUUUUAUAUUUAUGACCAAACCUUUCCUACACGUUUUAGGACUUAUACCUCAAGCCAUUUUAGCAGGGUUAUUCUUUACUAUGGGUAUAAAUGGAUUAGAUUCCAAUAUUGUUGUUGAUCGAAUAAGGUUCCAUUUUCUUGAUCCACGGUACAUUGAACUGGAUUCAUGUCCUGUCAAGUUCAAACAAAUGGCUCAGAUUGGAUCCAAGAAAUGGCCUAUGGUUUAUACGGUACUCCAGGUGAUUGCUGGGAUGUGCGAGUUUGUGAUAACGUUGACCAAGGCUGCGAUUGGGUUCCCAGCGGUGUUGAUCUUCUAUGCCAUCUGUGCCAAAUGGGUUUGGCCCAAGUUCAUCCCGAAAGAAUACUUGACUCAAUUGGAUGGUGAAGUGGCUGAUGAGGUCAUCAUUAGAAACUUGCAAUUGAUUCGGGACGACGAUACGCAAUCGGACUUGGAAGACGGUGAUGCUUCCCAGAAAGAAGAGUAA